AUGGAGAUAAGGAUCAAAGUCGCCUGCACCUCUCUCUGUCGCAGUGACAUCACUGCCUGGGAGUCUCAGGGAUGGGGGUUGACAGUUACACUUGGUGUGCCAAAAGUGAAGCCGGAGGUAACAGCUCAUUAUGGAAUAUUUCUUACUGGAAGAACAUUGAAGGGAUCUCUAUUUGGAGGAUGGAAACCUAAAUCUGAUCUCCCUUCAUUAGUAGAUAUGUACACAAAAAAGGUAAAACUAACUAAAACUUCAUUGAAGCUUCAGUAA